UCUGUUCACCUUUCGCCACACGGAGUCGCUUAGCAAAAUUUGGAGUUUUAAAAAUCAAAACCUCUCUGUUUCUCUCUCUAAAACGCGCUCAGAAUCUCUCUCUCUAAACGUCGUCACACAUUGGUUUCUCCGGCGAAGACUUGGUGAUAUAUGGUUGAGGAAUUCAUCACUCAAAGGGAUUUACGGGGUUUUCUUUGAAUUGCAGUUGGUGAUUAAUUUGUGAGACUUUCCCUAGAAAGUUGUGAUUUUGAUAUCACAAUUGGUUAGGUUAGACAUUUUCUGAGAAACCCACCCUUUUCUUGCGAGUGUAUAGAUCUUAGGAAUUCAAACUGCAAUGCUAUGGUAAUAUGUUUGCCAUAUGCAUUUGAACCCAAUUAGCUGAUAGAGGUGUCACUAGAUGCCCAGAUCUUAAAAUCCCAUUUCUAUUCUGCCAUCAAUCUUCAAUUUUUUCCCGGAAAGCUUGAAAAAUCUUCAUUUUUCUCAGGAAAGUUCAAAAUUGUCUGCUGACUUUGGAUUGGUUGCAUUGAUCUUGAUCCAUUAUAAUCCAACCCAUCUCAUCUAAAUCUACCAAAAUGAGCGAAUCAAAGCCGGUCACACCCUUACUCCAACCAUCUUCAUCUCGGAAGCUUCCUGAUUUCAAAAAGUCUAUCAAAUUGAAGUAUGUAAAACUCGGAUAUCAUUACCUCAUUACCCAUGGAAUGUAUUUAUUUCUAUCCCCCCUGGUCGUUAUUAUUGCUGCUCAGCUGUCUACUUUCUCACUCCAGGAUCUUUAUGUUCUUUGGGACCAUCUAAGAUUCAAUCUCAUAUCGGUGAUCGUAUGCUCGACCCUUCUUGUCUUUCUAUCAACCCUCUAUUUCCUUACUCGCCCUCGUCCAGUUUAUCUUGUGAAUUUCUCGUGCUAUAAACCAGAAGAUGCUCGGAAAUGCACGAGGCAGAUCUUCAUGGAGCGGUCCAAAUUGACGGGUUCAUUCACUGAGGGGAACCUCGAGUUUCAGAGGAAGAUUCUUGAGAGGUCUGGCCUUGGUGAAUCAACUUACCUGCCCGAUUCUGUCCUAAGAGUGCCUCCAAAUCCAUGUAUGGCAGAAGCAAGAAAGGAAGCAGAGGCUGUAAUGUAUGGUGCCCUUGAUGAGCUCUUUGCGAAAACCUCUCUAAAACCGAAGGACAUUGGGAUUCUAAUUGUGAAUUGUAGCUUGUUCAAUCCGACACCAUCACUAUCUGCAAUGAUCAUUAAUCAUUACAAGCUCCGAGGGAAUAUUAUUAGCUAUAAUCUCGGUGGGAUGGGUUGUAGUGCCGGUUUAAUCUCAAUUGACCUUGCUAAAGAUCUUCUUCAGGUCCAUCCCAAUUCAUAUGCAGUGGUAGUCAGCAUGGAGAACAUCACUUUAAAUUGGUAUUUUGGGAAUGAGAGGUCGAUGCUUGUUUCAAAUUGCUUGUUCCGAAUGGGGGGAGCUGCAAUUUUGCUUUCAAAUAAGAGUUCUGACCGACGCCGAUCUAAGUACAGAUUGGUCCAUACAGUUCGAACCAACAAAGGAGCUGACGAUAAAUGCUUUUCUUGUGUUACCCAAAUGGAGGACCCCAAUGGAAAGGUUGGGGUUUCAUUGUCAAAGGAUCUGAUGGCAGUUGCAGGGGAUGCUCUGAAGACUAAUAUCACCACCUUGGGCCCUCUUGUGCUUCCAAUGUCUGAACAGUUGCUUUUCUUUGCGACGUUGGUUGGGAAAAAGCUUUUCAGAAUGAAGAUAAAGCCUUAUAUCCCCGAUUUCAAAUUGGCUUUUGAGCACUUCUGCAUUCAUGCGGGGGGAAGAGCUGUACUGGAUGAAUUAGAGAAGAAUUUGCACCUUUCAGAUUGGCAUAUGGAGCCCUCCAGGAUGACACUUUAUCGAUUUGGCAACACUUCAAGCAGUUCUCUUUGGUAUGAAUUGGCAUAUUCGGAAGCCAAAGGGAGGAUAAAGAAGGGAGACAGAACAUGGCAAAUAGCAUUUGGGUCCGGGUUCAAGUGUAACAGUGCAGUUUGGAAGGCUCUGAGGACUAUAAAUCCUGCAAAGGAGAAGAACCCAUGGAUGGAUGAGAUCGACUGGUUCCCAGUGGAUGUUCCAAAGGUCGCAGCCAUAUAAAAUACAAGUAAUUAUUUUUCAUUCAUCAGCAGUGGUAUUAUGGUGAAGGAUAUUUGGCGUUGAGUGGUUAAAUCUUCUUGUUUUUUCAUUAGUGGCUGAAUCGGUUCUUUUCAGGUGCUGCAGGGAUUUAACUAGAAUAUGCAUCUACUAAUCUGCAUUUUAGGAUAGAAAAAGUAGUAGUCUAUUCUUCAAUCUGUUUGUUUUUCUUAUUCUUCUUUUUUGUUUUUUUCUCAGUGUAGUUCGGUGGUGCUUUUGGGUUCAUGGAUAUGUGUGUUAUAGUUCGUAGGCAUUUAAGGACUAUUUAUUCUGUGUAUUCUGGGACUAGCCAAAGUUUUAUUUUAUUUAGUAGGAAGCUGGUGUUCAAAUUGGUUGCUGUCUAGGGAUUUCAUUGCAGAUUUAUAUUGAGCUAGGACCAGAAAAGAAGAUAUUGUGCUUCUUGUGUUAACUUUUUCAGGAAUCGUCAUUUGGGGUGUUUGGGUGGGAUUGAUGUAUAUUGAUCAUACGAUGUAUAUUGAUCAUGAUGUUUUCCUCUUAUUUAUUCAUCUUCACCAGCAUUUGUUGAAGAGCUGAUCAUUUAUUUGUUUUGUUUAUGUGUGGAACUGGUGAUUGAUGUCAAAUGGAUUACUAUUUGUUGCUA